GAAAAAUUGUUUUAAAGUUUUGAAAAGGAGUAGCUAGUAUAAGCGAAGAAGCUAUAUUGGGCCAAGGGUUUGCUAGGGCUUUCUCAUCUCCAUUCUCCUCAACGCAUCUCACUUCACUUGCUCAGCAACUAUACUCUGUACUCACUUUGCUCGAAGAAGAAGAACCUGAUUUGUUUUGGAGGCUCAGCUCUCGAUCUUGGACAGGAUGGUAGGGUUCUCGAUGCAGCCAUACGGGAUUCAAUCGAUGCUGAAAGAGGGCCACCGGCAUUUGUCCGGGCUCGACGAGGCCGUGCUCAAGAACAUCGACGCCUGCAAGCAGCUUUCCACCAUUACUCGCACCUCCCUCGGCCCCAAUGGUAUGAAUAAGAUGGUUAUCAAUCAUUUGGAUAAGCUUUUUGUCACAAAUGAUGCUGCAACAAUUGUAAAUGAGCUGGAGGUUCAGCAUCCUGCUGCCAAACUUCUGGUUUUGGCUGGGAAAGCCCAACAAGAGGAAAUUGGUGAUGGAGCGAAUUUGACUGUUUCUUUUGCCGGGGAACUUCUUCAGAAUGCAGAGGAGCUCAUUAGGAUGGGAUUGCACCCAAAACAGUAUUCGAGAGUGCAUGACCUUUUCUUAGCUGAUUUCCUUCUCACCACCAUCAUGUCAUGGCAGACCAUUAGAGUACUGGAGGAAUUGGUUGAAGAAGGUUCAGAAAGUAUGAAUGUGAGAGACAAAGAUGAAGUAAUUUCACGAAUGAAAUCUUCAGUAGCCAGCAAACAAUUUGGUCAGGAGGAUAAAUUAUGCCCUCUCAUUGCUGAGGCAUGCAUACAAGUUUGCCCCAAGAACCCAGCAAAUUUCAAUGUGGAUAAUGUGCGAGUUGCAAAACUACUGGGUGGAGGUCUGCAUGAUUCCAAAGUAGUUCGGGGUAUGGUGUUAAAGAGUGAUGCUGUUGGGACGAUAAAAAGAAUUGAAAAUGCCAAGGUUGCUGUAUUUGCUGGGGGUGUUGACACAACUGCUACAGAAACAAAGGGAACUGUUCUUAUUCACAGUGCUGAGCAGCUUGAGAAUUAUGCAAAGACUGAAGAAGCUAAGGUUGAGGAGCUAAUCAAAGCAGUUGCAGAUUCUGGUGCAAAGAUUAUAGUUAGUGGAGCAGCUGUUGGAGAAAUGGCAUUGCAUUUUUGUGAGCGCUACAAGCUCAUGGUGCUAAAAAUUAGCUCCAAAUUUGAAUUACGACGAUUUUGUCGCACGACUGGUGCUGUUGGUCUGGUAAGCUUGAGAGAUCGACUUGGAUUAAAAAGCUUAAAGCUCAGUCAGCCCCAUCCAGAUGAUCUUGGAUAUGUUGAUUCUGUUUCAGUGGAAGAAAUAGGCGGGGCCAGGGUCACAAUUGUAAAAAAUGAACAAGGUGGAAAUUCAGUUUCCACUGUUGUGCUGCGAGGUAGCACUGAUAGCAUAUUGGAUGACCUUGAAAGAGCAAUAGAUGAUGGAGUGAAUACAUACAAGGCAAUGUGCAGAGAUAGUCGGAUUGUACCUGGAGCAGCAGCUACUGAAAUUGAGUUAGCCAGAAGGCUGAAGGAAUUUUCUUUCAAAGAAACAGGGUAUUUAUUCCAUACAAAGUUGAUGUUAUAUUCCAGAUUGGAUCAGUAUGCCAUCGCAAAAUUUGCUGAAAGUUUUGAAAUGAUACCCAAAACAUUGGCGGAGAAUGCGGGACUUAAUGCGAUAGAAAUUAUCUCUUCUUUAUAUGCCGAACACGCACUGGGUAACACCAAAGUGGGCAUUGACUUGGAGGAAGGUGUCUGCAAGGAUGUUUCUACCAUGAAAAUAUGGGAUCUCCACAUCACCAAAUUCUUUGCUCUUAAGUAUGCAACUGAUGCUGCAUGCACUGUCCUGCGGGUUGAUCAGAUCAUUAUGUCAAAACCAGCUGGAGGUCCAAAGAGGGACCCGCCUGCAGGGAUGGAUAAUGAGGAUUAGAUGUCCUAUGUUUCUCAGAACAGAAAUCCUUUUCAUUUGGUCCCAUUUUGUCUGGCUAAAUUUUGUUGAACUUCUUGCGUUGAACUGGUUUGUAUUGAUUGUACAUGCUAUACUUUGUGUUUGUGCCAAGGUUUUAACGGUCUGCAUGACAAUCUGGAGUUGCGUCGUGACUUGCGAUGGUCCACUUUAUUUUUGCUCUCCACGCAUAUUUUCCUGUUAAACCAAUCCAUUGUUACUAAGUUAAUAAUUAAUUAUUCACAUUAAGUCCAUUAUAUAGACCAAUAUUUUAUAUAAAUAUACUUAAUAAA